CAGAAUAAAGAAACCAUCCCCUUUCUAUGAAAUCUUUCACUUCUUGGUCCAUGACACUCAACAGACUCUCCCCAACUCUCGUUUUUUUUGUGUCAUUCUUUCUCUCUCGUUGCACAUUAUAGAAACGAAGAGGGAGAGAGAAAGUGAACUGCGACAGAUCUUUCAGCGAGCUUUUUAACUUUCUUCAGCUUUGAAUUGCUUUGAGGUUUUAUUCCUCGACGUACUCUCGUACGAAGCGGUUCUGAAUGCAAGUGGUUGUGGACCGUGGAAAAUUUUAGAAACGAUUUUUCUAUUUUUUUUUUCUUUGAGAUUAUCGAAGAAAAUAAAAAAUUAGUUUCGGAAUUUUUUUGGACAAUUUUAUUCUAAAUGGAAGACUACUGGAGAGAAUUUUGAAAAGUGUGAAUGAAAAGAAGAAGGAACUAGUGGAAAAGACGAGGGAAAAGGAGAAAAAUUUGAGAAGAAAAGGAAAUUAGAGAAGAGGAUAAAAAUUUUUGUCGAAGGAAGAGAAGAUUUAUUUUUUGAUGAAACUGAGUCAGGAGGAUUUAUAUUGAAAUUCUAAAGAAUGGAGUUACAGACGAGGAGUGUUGUUCUCUUUGGCCUGAUGCUGAUACUAUUAGAAGAAAUCAAAACACAGCCGGAUAAAUGUUGCGACCUCGGAAAAAAUUGGGGACGAGAGGGUUUGAAGUGUGAGAAAUUUUCUGGUCCCGUUUCUGGAGUUCCCGAAGACGAACAGGAAUUUUGCCUCCAGGGUGUUAAUGUUUGUUGCAUCAGAGAAUAUCGAGAGAAAGGUUGUCAGCAAGGAAAGGACGAUGCACGUGCCGGAAAAGGGUGCAAUUCACCAGGUGAAAAUAAAUCUUCAGCUUUUGUUGAAGACUAUCGAAAAAAUUGUUGCGAUGGAUGCAAACUCGGAAUCCAAAGAGGAUCACGAGGUCAAGGUUGUGCUUUGAAGUACAGUUUGGGUAACCCCUGGGACCCAGCAUUUCUGGAGUGUUGCCAUGAAGCUUCUCCAACAACCAUUAGCACUGAGAGCAAUGAAACCUCUUCCACCUACGAUUCAACGAAAGCAACCGAUACAUCAUCUGUAGCCACAAUUAAUGAGAACGAGAUCACUGGGAGCUUAACCACAAAACCAUCAUCUUCAUCUCCACAAGCAUCACUAGAUGACAUCUGUCAAGUAAUGAGGGGAAUGCUUUGCACCGAGAUUUGUGUACCAACUCCAGGUUCUUUUUAUUGUCUUUGCAAUGAAGGAUCGACACUCUUAGAAGAUGGAAGAACUUGCAAACAAAAUUCCACCGUCGACAGAUGCAACACCGAAAGCAAUCCAUGCGAACAAAAUUGUACAGACACGGGACUUGCAGUGCUUUGCAGUUGCGAUGAGGGCUAUCAACUUGCAAAUGAUAAUCAUUCUUGUACUCCAAUAACAACUGAAAUGGGUAAUUCGACAACGCGUUAUGAAGAAAAUGAAACAACACCAAGAUGUCCUGCUGGAUAUCGCUACAAUUCAAAAAAUCAAGCCUGUGAUGACAUGGACGAAUGUGAGGAAAAUCCUUGUUCAGGAGAAUGUCAAAAUACAAUAGGAUCUUACUUGUGUGUCUUUGAGAAACAGGAAAAACCUAAUAUCGAUUCCACAGCUCAAGACAAGGGACAGAGUUGUCAACCUGGCUUUUAUUGGGACAAGGGGACAGAAAAUUGCGUUGAUAUUGACGAGUGUGAGGAAAUUUCGGGCGUUUGUUCCGAAGAUGGACAUAUUUGCGUUAAUAUGCAAGGAAGUUUUAUUUGUCACAAGUCCCAGAAUGCUACAGAUUGUCCUUCGGGAUUUAAAUUUCAUUUGGAAAACAAUAAAUGCCUUGAUAUUGACGAAUGUGCAGAGGGACUUUCAAAUUGCAUGCCAGAAGUGGAAAUAUGUAAAAAUAACGAGGGCAGUUACGACUGUGAAAUUAUUUGCCAAAAAGGUUACGCAUUCAAUGCCAAUUUAAGUUCCUGCGUUGAUAUUGACGAAUGUUUGGAAAUGAAAAAUUCCUGUCCAAAUACCGAAUCACUUUGUCUAAACACAAUCGGUAGCUUCGAGUGUAUAAAUGCAAAUGAAAAUCAAGGAUUUGUAAUAACUAAAAAUCAGGAUAUAAAUUCUCAAAAUGAAAUUAUUUGCACACUUGGUUACAAGCCAUCGGCAAUUGGCGAUUCAUGUCUAGAUAUUGACGAAUGUGGGGAGAAUAUUCAUUCCUGUGAAGCGAAUGAAAAAUGCGUGAAUGAUCCCGGAAGUUACAGAUGCGAGAGUUCUUUGGAAGCACCAAAAGAAAAAAUUAAUUUUCAAGAAGCUGAAGUUAAGCAAAAUGAAAUCAAUAAAAACGACACUGAUUUAAAAUCAAAAGACGAAGAUCUUUGUCCUCCGGGAUUUUCUUUUAGUAACGAAACCAUGAAUUGCAAAGAUAUCGAUGAAUGCAUCAGUGGAUGGACAGCUUGUGGAAUUGGCGAGAGAUGUAGAAAUUUGAUCGGUGGCUACGAUUGUAUUCCAACUUGUAAUCGGGGUUUUGUUUUUGAAAAUGAAACCUGUCAGGAUAUAAAUGAAUGCACAUUGAAUUUGCAUUCGUGUUUCGAUCGAACUCAUCGUUGUGUCAAUACAAAUGGUUCUUAUGCCUGUGAACCAAAAGAAAAGGCAAUUGGCCAAAAAUUUCGACCAAGAAAUUGCGAAAGAGGUUUUAAGCAAAAUACAGAGACGGGAAAAUGCGUCGAUAUUGAUGAAUGUCUCGAGGGACCUGGUUGCCGUGAUCACGAACGAUGUUUCAAUACUUUUGGCAGUUUCGAUUGUUCUCCACUGUGCACCACUGGAUGGUAUUUUGAUCCAUCGAUUAAGGGAUGCAGGGACGUUGACGAGUGUCUCCUCGGUCGUCACUACUGCAAACAAGGAACGGAAAUAUGUGAGAACACAAAUGGCUCCUAUGUCUGUAAUCCUGCGCCUCAUUGUGGACGAGGUUUUCGACGUAUUUUCAAUGGAAGUUGUUUGGAUGUUGACGAGUGCGCUGAAAAUCUUCACUCGUGCUCCUUGGAAUUGCAUCGUUAUUGCGUUAAUCGUGAGGGUUCCUACGAGUGCGUCACACGUUUACCUUCUUGUUCUCCAGGUUACGAGUAUUCACUUUACACUCGACAUUGUGAGGAUAUUGACGAAUGUCUAAUUGGAAAAUACAAUUGUGACACUCGCUUGUCUGAGAGAUGUGUCAAUCUACCCGGAAGUUAUAGAUGUGAGAGACCUCCGCCUUCAAUUAAAUCGUUACAAAGAAGACCAGCCUGUCCUCAAGGUUAUCGAUAUCAUCCAAUUUGGCGGAGAUGCUCCGACGUGGACGAAUGUGUGGAAGGAAGUCACUCCUGCGGACGAGAAGUUUGCUACAAUCAACCUGGAGGUUAUAGUUGUGCGAAACAUCCCACACCGAUUACAAGAAGAACAGCUCCUCCAUUUACUUCAUCAGUUUCUGCGGCUUUCACCAAAGCCUGUGCCGAUGGCAUGAAAUAUGAAAAAAAUCAAGGAUGCGUGGACAUAAACGAGUGCAAGGAAAUAGAGGACGCAUGCAGUAGCAAUGAGAAUUGUGUGAAUAGCAUUGGAAGUUUUGAUUGUAAAUGUAGAACUGGAUAUCGUAGGGAUAAUUUAACACAGGCUUGUGUUGAUAUCAAUGAAUGUCAAUUGAAAUUAGACAAUUGUUUACCAACGCAAAGAUGUGAUAAUACACUCGGUAGUUUUGCUUGUGUGAGAUUUUUAUCAUGUGGCACUGGUUAUACAUUAAAUGCAGCGACGGAGAUUUGCGAGGAUGACGAUGAAUGCGCACUUGGAUCGCAUAAUUGCGUCGAUGGUUAUUUUUGUCGAAACACAUUGGGUUCAUUUCGAUGCUAUAAAGUUAGAGGAAACGUGACAACAACUCAAAGACCAACGACUAUAAGACGAUUGCCAAGUCGAUAUCCUGUAAGGACGACGACACCAAGAAUAACUUCUAAAACAACGCCAAUGAUAACGAAACCAAUCACUGUUGUAACUACUCAAGCAAUGAAAUCGACAACCACUGAGAGGAUUAUUUCAAAAAGUACAUCUCCUUUGCAGACAAAUAAAAAUCCUGAAACAAGGCCUAAAAUACAAUGUCCAAAGGGGUAUGAGAAUGGGAAAAGUGGACAGUGCAUUGAUGUGGAUGAAUGUAAAUUAAUUCCGAAUCCUUGUAGCAAAAGGAGUAUGCAAAUGUGUAUUAACACUAUGGGAUCGUAUCGAUGUGAGCCGAGAAUAAUGUGCGGACCUGGAUAUCAACCAGAUCCGAAAACCGGAAGAUAUUGUGUCGAUGUCGACGAAUGUGCUGAAAAUAUUCACGAAUGCAGCAAGGGUCAGACUUGCGAAAAUAGACAAGGUGGUUACGCAUGUAUUUGCCCACCAGGACACACAGUGGUAUCAAACAGGGAUUGCGUUGAUGUUGAUGAAUGCAGUAUUUACGGGGAUAAAUUAUGUGGUUCAGGUGGUCGAUGUGAAAAUACAGUGGGCUCAUUUCAUUGUAAAUGCGAAACGGGCUUUGAAAAUUCAGCCCGAGCUGGCGGCUCGUGUCAAGACAUUGAUGAAUGCGCAACAAUUCAAGGAGUUUGUCAACACACGUGCUCAAAUACGUGGGGCAGUUUUAGAUGUGGAUGCAAACCCGGCUACCGAUUGAAUUCAGAUAACAAGACUUGCUCGGACAUUGACGAAUGCAUGGAAUUUAAAGAAAAUAAUCUCUGUAUUGGAAUGUGUGACAAUACACCGGGUAGCUACAAGUGCCAAUGUCCAGAAGGCUACCGACUUGGAGAAGAUGGACGCACAUGCCAAGAUAAUGAUGAAUGUUCAAUGGGACAAGUUUGUGGCAAUUCGAAUGAAAUGUGCCAAAAUACAAGAGGUGGUUAUCGAUGCAAUAAAAUUGAUUGUCCUUCGGGUUAUUAUUUAGAUAACGAAAAAAAGAACCGAUGUGUGAAGGCUUCGCGAUAUUGUCAAAUAACGGAUCAGGCGUGCUUGCGACAACCCUCGCAUUAUUCCUAUAAUUUCAUUACAUUCGUGAGUAAUUUGCCAAUGCCAAGAAGUGGACAGUUGGAACUUUUUACAAUGCGAGGAACACAUUUACCCGGAUCGUCAUUGCAAUUUAGCAUGUCAUUUAUUGAAGCUAGAGCACCACCGGGAGUUAUUCGAGCAACCGAAUCAUGUUUUGCAAUGCGUAGACCAGCACCAUCGCAAGUUGUUCUCGCUCUCGUUAAAUCUAUUCAAGGUCCACAAGAAAUAGAACUUGAUCUUAGCAUGGAAAUUUAUCACGAUGCAAUGUUCGUUGGAAGCGCUGUUGCUAAGAUAUUUAUAUUUGUAUCGCAAUACGAAUUCUAAAAUUUUAUUCUUUUAAUAUCAGUUAUUGCAUUUUUUUUCUAUUAAAAUUUACGUAUUUUAUGACGUAAAUUUUGUAAUUUUUAAAUCAAC